GGGCAUCGGUGCUCACAUACCUAUCACAUAACCUCCUCGUCGGAGUUUCCUGAUUCAACUGCGAUAUACGGGACUUUGCUGCAGCCUGACAGGUGUUGAGUAACCAUGGAGCUUGUAUAGAUCCCCAUAUGUAGGGCCCCCCCUUUUUUUUCAGGGGUAUCUUCAGUAAUGACAAUAUAUCAUUUGCGAAUAACUAGAUUAUUAGCUGGUAGGCCUGCUCCAUUCUCCUGUGGUCGCAGUAGCUUCCCCCACUUGAUCCGAAGUCGCUUCUCAUGUAUGCCUGUAAAGACUAUAUUUGGAGCUUUUCUAUUCACCAACGGAGGUUCCUGUGCGGGAGCAUAAAAUAUCGUCGCGGGGAAGUAUCGUGUCCCCCAUCUUUACUGUACCCCAUUGUCUCCCCCGUAUCCCCGGGACUCUCCCAAAAAAGUUAUUACCUUGUGUUCAUAUAUAAUCAGUGCCGACUUAUCUACUGUGAAGUACCUAGGAUAACGAAGAUGGCUUCUAAUCCGCAGCAGAACCUAUUAGACGUGCUACGUUCGCAUAGCUUGGUGGAUUGCGAUACCUUUGAUGUCGAAGUGCCAAAGAAGCUCGCCCCCUUUGAAGACUGCACGUCAAAUCAGGCCAUCGCCUAUCAUGAACUGAUCCGCGUCGAUGGGGACGGGAAAGCUCUUCACGCCCAACUGAUUCAAGAUGCGGUUGAUUUUGCUUCGUCAAAGGCCUCGGCGUAUCCAGAGGCGACGGUAACCGAGCUAGCGGUAGAGGUUAUGAUGGUCAAGCUGGCCCUCCGAAUAGUGCCGUACUUGAAGGGCUUUUCUCAUAUUCAGACGAACCCGAAGUAUGCGUACAACAAGCAGAAGACUAUUGAAAACGGAAGACGAAUCGUGUCGAUAUUCCUGGAACUAGACCCAACGUACGACAACCGAAGGGUGUGCAUCAAGAUUCCAUCCACUUGGGAGGGCAUGCAGGCGUGUCGCGAAUUAGAAAAAGAGGGAAUCGCCACAUUGGCGACGACGAUGUUCUGUAUGGAGCAGGCGGCUCUCGCGAACCAUGUUGGGUGCACGUAUAUUGCACCGUACAUCAAUGAACUGCGCGUGCACUUCGACGCGAAUUAUGUCGACCAGCACAAAGCCUUCGACUUCUGCGGCGCCGCUCAGCGAUACUACGAGAAAAUCGGCAGCGCGACGAAGGUGCUGCCGGCCAGUCUGACUUCUAUACAGGAGGUUAUGAAGCUAGCCGGCGUCCACCACAUUACCGUCGCCCCGCAUUUGUUGACGAAGUUGGCAGAGACGCCGGCUAACCCGUGGGAAGGGGAGACGGGGACCGUUAUCCAAGACAAGACAGCAGAUGCGACUGUAGGGAAUUAUGAUGAUAUACUAGAGGAUGAAAGUGCUUGGCGCCUGGCAUUCACUCGGAGCCAGGAGGGGAAAGCUGAAGUCAAGAAUAUCCAGGCCGUUAAUAUAUUCUGUGAGAAGCAGGAUGGUCUGGAGCAAUUGGUUCGACGAUGAUUGAGGAUAUAUAGGUAUGUAGCUCUUAGGGAUAAUGUAUAAUCAUAUGUUACGUACCUAGGGUAUAUACCUACAUGCAAGCUGUCAGACAUUAUGUACCUCCUCUAUACAUUUACUCGUGUAACAGUUCUUAGGUAUAUCCAACAUAACAUUUCUUUUUUUCUAUCAUGAGUGUUUAUGUAGGGAUAUAUGUAAGUAAGUAAAUACCCAAUUCGCCAAGAAUACGUCUAUACUAUGUAGGUUAGUUGGGUGGAAGAAAAAGAAACAUUUGAGCACAUCGAUAACUUUCUGUCAGACUUCAAAUGUUUGUCAACCCCCUGCUGUGUUCA